GAUAUGGAGAACUCCUAUCUCUGUGGAUACUUGAAGAUUAAAGGCCUUACAGAGGAGUACCCAACUCUUACCACGUUCUUUGAAGGGGAAAUAAUCAGUAAAAAGCACCCUUUCUUAACGCGCAAGUGGGAUGCUGAUGAAGAUGUGGAUCGUAAACACUGGGGGAAGUUCCAGGCUUUUUACCAGUAUGCAAAAACAUUUAACUCUGAUGACUUUGAUUAUGAAGAUCUGAAAAAUGGGGACUAUGUCUUCAUGAGGUGGAAGGAACAGUUCCUAGUCCCAGAUCACACUAUCAAAGACAUCAGCGGUGCUUCCUUUGCUGGUUUCUAUUACAUCUGCUUCCAGAAGUCAGCAGCAUCUAUAGAGGGCUAUUACUACCAUAGGAGUUCAGAAUGGUAUCAGUCAUUGAAUUUAACUCACGUUCCUGAGCACAGCGCUCCUAUCUACGAAUUCCGAUGACAGCUGUCCAGAACUGAUACCGCACAGGAACAAAGCGGGCAGGAGAGCAUGGCCUGCCAGGAGAACUGUGUCCCUGUCCAAGCACGGGGAAUGCACGCUUCUCUCCUGCCCCUCGGACUCGUGAGAGAGAGAGCCUGAAUGUUAACCCACCCAGCCCAAGGAGCGUGGCUGCUGGAGCUUGAUUCUCCCUCCUGUCGAGUGGCGAUUUGAUCUUUAAUCUGGUUUUUAAGCUACCUUUAAAUGCACUUUCUUAUUGCACAGCUAGUUUCUCUAUCACUGAAUUUCCUCCUGGCUCUCCUCUGGAAGCUGUUUCUCAGUAGCUGGAAUCAGUGGUCUUGUCUUCUGAGUAAUAAGAAAAUAGAAGCUCAGUGCUUAUAUUUUUCAUUGUUACAACCUGACGUGGGUUGAAAUCGCCAGGACUCAGGUUUGUUGCCCAGAUUGCAACUCUUGUUGCCCAGAUUGCCAGCUCUGAUGCUCCCAGAGCCGGGUCCCGUGUGUGAGGCUCUGCUUGGCAGAGAGAGAGAGUCUGUUGGGGGAGUGUUGGCUGAGACAGGUGAGGCUUGAAAGAGUCUUUGCUUGGCGCUGGUUAACGAGGUUAGCCGGGGCUGCAGAUCUUUCAGGAACACCAGCCCUUUGGAGCUGGGAGCUGUUCCAGUGUCUCGAUAACACCACUGGGAAUUCAUUUGAUGUACGGACUUCCAGGCUCUCAGUAAAGUGGAUCUGAACUCUGCUUAUAGGUGUAUAUUUGCUCUUUACUUAAGUUAA